AACUUGGUCACGUGACUGCUGCCAACAGCUGUCAGCUGAUUGGACAUGUUGGGCCGUUCAAGUUAGGCUAAACAUUUUCCUCUCGGCCAAGUAGUGCUUCAAAAGGGCUUAAAAAACAUCUUAACCGGAAUGCCAGGUUUUGACGAUGGCUAGUGUCACGAUGGAGGACACGCAGCUUCUCGAGUGGGCAAAAGACGGGAGUUCCUCUCGUGUACAGCGCCUCCUUCAGUCGCGGAUCAAUCAAAUGACAUCGCUCAACAUCAACUGUCGAUCAAAGUCCAAAGGCAGCCCUGGAUGGACGCCCCUUCACCUGGCAUGUUAUUAUGGAAAAAAAGACAUUGUGGAAGAGCUGCUAAAAGCAGGCGCUGAUGUGAACUUGCAGGACAACAUGGGGGAUACACCUCUGCAUAAAGCAGCCAGCACCGGAAGAAAGGAGAUUGUUCUGUUGCUGCUGCGUUAUGAUGCCUCUGCCAGUAUCAUCAAUGGAAUAGCACGGAUAGCUAAAGAUGUCACAGAGGACGAUGAAAUUGUAACUAUGCUCGAGGCCGCGGAGAGGAGAGAGGCAAGGCGGCAGGAGGAAAGACUUCUGGACGCUGCAAGAGAGGGGGAUAUUUCCACGCUGUCUAAGAUACUUAGUGGGAAGGAAGUUGAUGUGCACUGCAAGGAUUCGGUGGGCAAUACGCCCUUACACUGUGCUGCCUACAGAGGGCACAAGCAGUGCAUGAUAAAACUGCUUAAAAGCGGCGCCUGCCCUACUGUCAGAAACAACCAAGAGCAGACAGCAAUGGACCUGGUCCGCACUCAUGAACUCAAGCAGAUUCUAAUUGACCAUCAGGACAAGGACACAAAUAACAUUUUGCAGAAGGUUGAAGGCCCUCUUUGGAAGAGUUCGCGACUUAUCGGAUGGCGUCUUCACUGGGUGGUAAUUGAGGAUGGAACUGUUUCCUGGUACUCCAGAAAGGCUGAAUCGGGAGCAAGUGUAAGAAAACAAGGCUGCAGAUCUUUAGCACAAGCUUAUUGCAUGGUCAAACCAUGGGACCAUUGCUUCUUUAUGCUCAAGUGCGCUGACAACUCCGCACUGUGUUUCAAAGUUCCUUCAAAGACUGACUCUGUGGCUUCAAGAAAAAGGUGGUUGGAUGCCUUUGAGGCACACUCCUCUUACAGCACUCGCCACUGCACACCCCGACAGCAAACCGACGACGCGGAUGACGACUAUGGUGUUGUGACAAACAACGUAACACAAGCUUUGCAGGCCGCCAGUGCGUGCCAGCAGAAACUGGAGAGUGAGGUUUCCGUUUUUACUUCUAUGGUGAAGAAUGAGGAGAACUCUGCACUGGCUGCACCUCUUCUCCUGAAAGCCAAAGACUCCAGUGAGCUCUCUAGUCAAACUUGUGAUGCUCUCCAGCUCUGCCUUCAGCUGUUAUCUCAACAAGUGGAGGUGUGGACUUUGAAGUUGGAGCAGGAGGAAGAGAAGAACAAAGCUCUGACGGAGGCGCUACAAACGAUCGCCACUGAGCACCACGAGCUGAAGCAGUCCCUGAGCAAGAACAGGAAGUCGCCAACCCUCAGCACCCUUGCCGAAGAUGAUUUCUAUGACGCUGUGUCAGAGUCCGAGUCGGAGCUGUCCGUGAGCGGCUUUCUGUCUGUGGCCAGCUACUCCUGUGAAGAGGACGAGGGGAAAGACGCCCCCCUUCCCAGCAGCCGCCGCCAUCCCAGCGCGCUCGGGGGGGCCGCCGGAAUGUCAGGGGAGGGUAGUCAUGGCAACCAGAACAAUGCCGCCAAGAAACACAGAACAUCUUUACCAGCUCCUAUGUUCUCCAGAAAUGAUGUCAGCAUCUGGAGCAUCUUGAAAAAAUGCAUCGGCAUGGAGCUGUCCAAGAUCGCCAUGCCGGUAAUAUUGAACGAGCCGCUGAGCUUUCUCCAGAGGCUCACCGAAUACAUGGAGCACACCUACCUCAUCCACCGGGCAAAUGCCACCGCUGACUCUGUCGAACGAAUGAAGUGUGUUGCAGCGUUCGCGGUGUCCGCUGUAGCGUCACAGUGGGAGAGGACCGGCAAACCCUUCAAUCCUCUACUGGGUGAAACUUAUGAGCUCAUCAGAGAUGACUUGGGCUUCAGGUGGGUGGCCGAGCAGGUGAGCCAUCACCCUCCCGUCAGUGCCUUUCACGCAGAGGGCCUCAAAGAGGAUUUUGUCUUCCACGGCUCUAUCUACCCCAAAAUCAAGUUUUGGGGGAAGAGCAUAGAAGCUGAGCCCAAAGGAGUCAUCACACUGGAACUUCCCAAGUACAAUGAAGCCUACACCUGGACAAACCCCACCUGCUGCGUCCACAAUAUUAUCGUCGGCCAGCUUUGGAUCGAGCAGUACGGCAGCGUGGAGGUGGUCAAUCACAAGACAGGGGAGCGUUGCAACAUAACCUUCAAACCUUGUGGCCUCUUUGGGAAGGAGCUCCAUAAAGUGGAGGGAUACAUUCACGAUAAAAGCAAGCGAAAACUCUGUGCCAUCUAUGGCAAAUGGACAGAGUGCUUAUACACAGUGGACCCAGCAACCUUCGAUGCUCACAAAAAGUCGGACAGAAAGAAUUCAGAGGAGAAAAAGGCUAGUAAACGGAACAGCGUAGACGAAGAGCCCGAGGAGAUGCCGCCGCCUGAUGCUGAGACGGUGCAGGUGAUCCCGGGAAGCGAGCUCGUCUGGAAAAUGACACCUCGUCCCGAGAACUCAGCCAAGUUUUACGCUUUCUCCACAUUCGCCAUGCAGCUGAACGAGCUGGAUGAGAAGAUGGAGGGACUUCUACCAUCAACGGACAGUCGUUUCCGGCCAGACAUCCGCGCCAUGGAGAACGGAGACAUCGACGUAGCGAAUGCAGAGAAGAAGCGACUAGAGGAAAAACAAAGGACAGCAAGGAAAAAUCGCGGCAAGUCAACAGAUGACUGGAAAACCAGUCAAAGAUGGUUUCAGCAAGGAGCCAACCCGCACAACAAAGCUCAAGACUGGCUGUACUUGAAAAGCUACUGGGACAGGAAGUUCAUGCAGCUACCUGACAUCUACUAGGACUUACAAAGGUCCAUUUGGACUUCUUUGCAACUUUAAAUAUGUCAGCGUUUUUGGUGUGACAGUAAUGAAAUUAACUAUUAAUUGCAGGUACAUAAGGAACAAUAUAGAACACAAAAGACCUUUAUUCUCUGGAGUCCUAGCAGUAAAUCAUGUUUUCAGUACUAAUUUUUCAUUUGAUGGUUUUACGGUGUGUAGUUCUUUGCAGUUUACAAAAAUGCUAUAGAAAUUUCAUUUGGCUAACUUAUUUUUUUUACAUGGCAGGAACAUGUACAGUAUAGAGUAAGAACAUUGCAUCAGCUCAGUUGUAUUUUUCUACCCCUAGCAAUAUGCAUGUGAAUCACUAGAACUAUGCAACCACCUUCAGAACCUUCAUCAUGUGAGUCGUGGCUAUUAGAGUAUAAAAACUUAUGAUGGAUAACUCUUGGUUUUGCUUGCUUUGAUUAAAGAAAUAAAAAUUGUGUGUUGUAUUGCAUUGUGAGCCUUUUCAUCUAUACCAGGGGUGUGCAAAGGGGGCCAGAUUUGGUGUGUUAAAAAAGUGGGGGGGCCGACCUUGGCUGACGUCCUUUACGUAGAGCAAUAUAUUAAAGCAAAUUUUAACAAGCCAUUCUGUGUGUCACAUUUGCUUUAUUAUUUUUUCUAAAUAAUUUCAACUAGCCUUUGUGGCGUUUUCUUUCGACUCUCGGGCUCUUGCAAAAUACUGCUACUGUGAAAUUAAACUAGCUUCAAGUUGCUGCGUUUCUUCCCUGUAAUCUGGUCGUACAUGUCAGCUUGUCUUAUUUGGUAAUAUCGCCUCACACUGAACUCUUUAAAAUCAGCGACUGUCUCUUUGCAAAUGAGGCAGACACAGUUGUUGCGUAUUUUAGUGAAGAAAUAGUCCAAUUUCCACCUAUCCUUGAGGGGUCGGCCGUCGCAGACAACUGUUUUUGUUGUCGCCAUUUUAGAAAAUCGGAAGGGUCACACGUGGUAAUGUUGCUUAGAGUGCUGCUGACUUUUAG